AUGUCCCCUGCCGUCUUGGCCGAGGUUCAAAAAACACUGCACAUUAGUGCAUCAAAAUCCUUUCAUUUGAACUUGGGAAACAACCGACCUAAUGUAACGCAGGAGCUUUGCAUCAUUGCUGGCUCCACAGACUAUUCGGCCCUUGAUUUCAUUGUCAAAGAUGCACAGGCUGCCAAUGAAAUACCACGGGCACUCAUCUUUGUUAACACUGUUAGUCAGUCCCAGGCUGGCUUUCGGAGACUCCACGGAAUUGUAUCUGACCAACUAAAGAGUCAAAUCAGUUAUUUGAAUGCCAGGCGCUCGCCACGCACCAGGAAAACUGUCUUGCGUGACUUUUGUGAAGGAAAAAUAAGGGUCAUGUUUGUGACCAAAAUAGGUGGCAUGGGAUUCAACAUACCAGAUGUCAAGUUGGUGAUCCAAUUUGGAGUCCCAUCAUCACUGUCAGUAUGGCUCCAAAGAGCAGGCCGAGCUGUCCGCAACUUCAGUCUUCAAGGACGUGCUAUAAUGAUGGUUGAAGCGUCAGUGCUUCAAUGCCACAAGAAAAUAGAAGAGCCUCUUCGAGCCUGGAUUGAAACCACAGGUUGUCGGCGUGAUAUUGCAGAUGCAUUUUACAAUAAUCCACCCGGCCGUACAUCACCUACCGGCGUCUGCUGUGACAACUGCGACAGAACUGCGACGGGCCUUAUGCCCUCCAAUAUUAUUUUACCUCUACUCAGUCCUGCUCACACAUCCUCCGAAACUAGCGAUGAGGAGCAGGAAGACACACCUACCCAUGAACAGAAUGCAAUGGGCAAGCGUGUGAUGAAAACCGCUGAUCAGAAUUCCCCACUCACUCAACGCACAGGCCAACAUCUCCAAACCAUCAAGGAUGCUCUGGACCAUUGGCGUGUGACAAUCCGCCAGCGUGACUAUCCCCACUGCUCAUUUACUGGCCUCGCCCUUCUCCCCGAUCUCACUCUAAAAUCAAUAGCCUCUAAUCGUUCGUGGAAAAUGAUCAAUGAUCUUCGCGGAUCUCUCGGGGCCUCAUGGUCAUUAGUUGAUGUAUAUGGUGGGGCCAAAGUCGAGAAACGCCAAGCAAAGAAGCUUGCAAGGGAGGCCGUGAAGGAGGAGAAUAAGGCUAUAGGAAGGGAGCUGAAAGUGCAGAAACGAAGCUCACACCGAGUCCGCAAUUCCAGCGCAAGUGGUAAAGAAAAUGUACCACUGCCUGGUACCUCAGAGUUCCAAGUAAAUGUCAACACACCCUCAGUCCCCCUAGACGCAACUCAAACUUUGUAUGCCACCUGGACCUUAACACUUUCAUCCUCCACUGCUGUGCCGUUGUUUUUGCCUUUCACUCCCUCAUUUUUUGCCAGUUCUUUUCAGCCCAAUACGGAGACCUACAAGGGCUAG